AUGCUCUCAAGACUCACUUCUCGCUCGUUUGGAACCUCAGCUGCAUGCUCGAGAACCAGUUCGAUCUGGCGAGACAAGCGGGAAGUGGCAUUCCCAGUAGCUGGUAAAUCGCCAAAAGUUGUUUCGCUGGCUGAUGCCGUUCGUGACAUCAAGAGUGGAGACAAUGUAUUCGUUCACGGAAUUGCCGCCACUCCAACUCCAUUGCUUCAAAGUCUCUCAGAGCACGCUGUUGCUAACAAUUUGAAGGGAGUCAAACUGCAUCACUUGCACUUGGAAGGAGCUACACCGUGGACCGCUGAAGGUGUUAGAGACAGAAUCCGAUCAAACUCUCUUUUCACUGGACACAACUUGAGAGCCGCUGUCAACAACGGAAUUGCCGAUUUCAAUUCGUGCUUCUUGUAUGAAGUUCCACUCUUGUUCCGCAAGGGAGCUAUUAAGCUGAAUGCUUCCCUUAUCCAGGUUUCUCCACCAGAUGCCAACGGAUAUUGCUCUUUGGGAACUUCAGUCGAUACUGCCCGUGCAGCUGUCACCAACUCUCCACUCAUCAUUGCUAUGGUCAACAAAAAUAUGCCACGCACAUUUGGAGAUGGAGUAAUCCACGUUUCUCAUAUUGACUACCUCGUCAAUGAAGCAGAUGGAUUCGAGCUUCAUCAACGUAACAUUGGUCAACAAAAUGAGCAAGAGAAGAAGAUUGGACAGAUCAUUGCUGAGAACCUUGUUGAUAACGGAGCUACACUUCAAAUGGGUAUUGGAGCUGUCCCAGAUGCUGCUCUCUCUGCUCUUAGCAACCACAAGGAUCUCGGAAUUCACACCGAAAUGUUCUCGGACGGAGUUCUCGAUUUGAUUGAAAAGAAUGCCAUCACAAACGCUAAAAAGGCAAUUCACCCAGGAAAACUUGUUGUAUCGUUCGUCUACGGAUCCACCAAGCUUUACAAUUACCUCAACGACAAUCCACUUAUUGAGUUUGGAGAUGUGAACUGGGUUAACGAUCCAGCUGUUGUUCGUAAGAACCCUAAAGUUACUGCCAUCAACUCCGCCGUUGAAAUUGACUUGACUGGACAAGUUGUCUCUGAUUCCGUUGGAAAACGUUUCUUGUCUGGAUUCGGAGGACAAGUCGAUUUCAUCCGUGGAGCUGGAAUCGGAGAUGAUGGACUCGGAAAGCCAAUCAUCGCUCUUCCAUCUAUUUCGAAGAAGGGACAAAGUAAGAUUGUGCCAUACAUCAACGAAGGAGCUGGAGUUGUUACCACACGUGCCCACGUUCACUACGUUGUCACCGAAUACGGAAUUGCUCAACUUUGGGGCAAGAACAUGCGUCAACGCGCCUACGAACUGAUCAAGAUCUCCCACCCAAGCCAACGCGAAGCUCUCGAUAAGGCCGCCUUCGAUCGUUUGAAGGUUAUGCCAUCUGCCGAUUAA